ACGUGAAGAGGGAUGCACGAGAGGUUCGGGAGAUGGUGAGCGCGAUUAGAAGGGUAAAGAAGGGGUGCAAGGAGUUGAAGGGCGAUGAGUCGUUGAAUGCGGUUGGAGAAAGAGAGGUGAAUGUAAGGUUUCAGAAGUUGAAUUUGAUGGGUCCUCUUUUGCGCGCAGUGGACAGGUUGGGUUGGAAGGCGCCGACGGCGAUUCAGUCAGCGGCGAUUCCAGCGGCGAUUCGAGGACACAACAUUGUUUCGUCUGCGGAGACUGGGACGGGGAAGACGGCGGCGUAUGGUUUGCCGAUGUUGCAUAGGUUGUACAUUUGGAAGAAGUACGAGGAGAGGCGGAGCAUAGAGAGGCGGAGUGCGCCGCUGUGCAUUGUUUUGUGUCCGACGCGUGAGUUGUGCGAGCAAGUUGAGAAGCAGGUUUGCGAGUAUGCGAGGGAGAUGGAUGGGGUUAGGAUAGUUGGCGUCGCGGGGGCGAUGAGGGACGUGGAGGCGCAAGUGAGAGAAUUGAAGAAGGGGGUGGACAUUUUGGUGGCUACGCCCGGGAGGUUGCUAACGAUGUUUAGGGAGGGGGUGAAGGAAGAGAGGAAGGAGGGAGAAGAGACGAGGGAGAUGCAUGAGAAGUGGGACAAGGCGUGGGAGGGGUUGGAUAGAGAGAGUGAGACGAGGAAAAGGGUGUUGAGAGAGGAGCUUCCUUGUAUUCCGGUUGGGUCAAGUUUUAAGAAUUCUAAAAUUGAUUUUAGCGAAGUGAGAUGUUUUGUGUUGGACGAGGUGGAUCGAAUGUUGUCAAUGGGGAUGUUUCCGGAGGUGAGACAGAUAUUCAGGGCGUUGCCUCGUCCUCAGAGGGAGAAGAGGGGUGUCGACAGGAUGCAGGUGAUGAUGUUUACGGCUACGUUGGUGCCUCGAGUGGGCGAGUUGAUCAAGCGGUUUGCGCCUCAUCACGUGCGUUUUGAUUUGAACAAGUCGAUGAGCGUGGCGGAGAGGGUCGAACAGGUGUUUUACGAGGUUGGAAACAGGAGGAAGUACGCGUUGCUGAGCUAUCUAUUGAGGCGUCGAGGUUCGAUGAGGGGCGAACAAGUGUUGGUUUUUUGUCGGACGCGACAGCGCGUGGAGCGCCUCACGGAGCAGCUGAACAGGGACAAGAUCGCCGCGGUGGGAAUUCACGGAUCGCAGCCGGCGAGCGUUCGCCGGAGAAUAGUCGAUGGGUUUUGUGCGAACAGUUAUAGGGUGUUGGUGAGUACCGAAUUGAUGGCUAGAGGGAUCGACAUACCGAAGUUGCCGGUGGUUGUGAAUUACGAUUUGCCGUCGAACCCGGAGGAGUACGUGCACCGGAUUGGGAGGACGGCGCGCGCGGGCGAGUCGGGAAGGGCGGUUUCGUUCGUUUCGAGGCGUCCAGAAGUGGUGGAGGUCAGGAAGAGGCUGGUGGAGUUGGACGAGUUGUCGCUCGCAAAAUCGAUUUUCAAAUUUUUAAAUAUGUCACCUCGGUUUGCUAAGGUGCCAGGUCCGUGGCGCGACGAGGCGAAGCGUCCGGCCGCCGAACGGGAGCGCCCGCUGCUCGACACCUCGGCGAAGCCUCCGGCGAGAUCUGUCUCGC